UUGACAGACAACGAAGAGAACCACAAAACUACAAGUUUAUAAUUUACUGGCCAAUCGCAAGUGUCUAUGGGUCCGAGUGGGAGGGCUUAUGCCCUAUCAGAGAGAGAGAAGGCAGAGCUGUGACUGAAAAGCGGAAAGAAAAUGGCGGCCGUGGCUGCGGAGCCAGGAGCCUCUGCGGCAUUAACCACAGCAGCGGGGGACGGAGUGGAGCUCGAGCCGGAGAUAGCGCAGCCAGUCACAGCGGAGGCCAAACUCGAGGCCGAGGCUACAAAGGAGUUCUCUCCCGUAAUGGACCUUGUGCACCUACCCAAGAACGGAGAUGCAGCUCAGGGAUGCAGUCUCAUGCACGCCGAGACGCAGUGCAGACCCGACCCGGAGAGCGUGGGAAAACCAUUCUUUAAUUUUGAAGAAGGUAAACACACCGUAGCGGCUAACCCCAGAGGAAGUGAGCUUCCGACCGACCACGGGUCGCAGGCAGGGGGGCUGAGAGACCUCGGGUGCGAGGCGGAGAAUUUGAAAGCGGAGUUGCCUCCAACUAUGGAGGCUACAGACGAGGUGAGCUCGUACGAUGCAUGCAGCUACCACGAAGCCGCUUUGAGCCCGGAGCCAGCAGCAGGAACCUCUCCGAAUUCGGACCAUGCUCCCGGUAUUCUCAUAGAAACGGGACUUGCGGCGCCGUUGCCUUGUUUGGUAGAGCCAGUGGAACCCGCAGCAGAGUGUGCCGCUCUCUCGGAUCAAGACCUGGCCGAACCGACCGAGCUUGAGUGUGAUGGCCGAGCUUUAACGGAACCGUCACCCGAAACCGAGCUGAAACUAGAGUCGGGAGUCGCGGGGGACGAUGCUGCUCCCCGCGCAGAGUCAGGGAACGAGCCCGCCGAGGACGCGGUUCUGCAGUGCCCGGAGACCGCGGAGCACCGCGAGAGCCUACCGGUUACAGAAAACGAGAAAUCCCACGGAACCACGGAGGAACAAAGUAGAAAUGAUCGCAACAGCGAGUUUUUAGAACUUCCUUUGGUUGUAGCAGAUCCACAAGUCCCCGCGGUUUCGGAACCGGAGGACUUGCGCGCUCGGCAGAGGAUGCAUGAGUCCGGGGAAAGCGAGCCCGAACUGAAACCCGCGGUGGCAGGUGAAGAGGGUGCGGGGCUGCUCUCCGGACCUGUCGCCCAUCUCAUUCCCGGAUCAGAGGUUCGGGUGUCGCUGGAUCAUAUAAUCGAUGACGCGCUGGUGGUUUCGUUUCGGCUUGGCGAGAAGAUCUUCUCCGGGGUUCUCAUGGACCUCUCUAAAAGGUUUGGGCCCUACGGAAUUCCAGUCACUGUGUUCCCCAAGAGAGAAUACAGGGAUAAACCUGAAUCUAUGCAGCUAAAGACAGAGCCACUCCCAUUGGAGGUGGACAAAGGGGCGGAGCGGGACACUUCCGACGCUCCGCCCACUGAGCCCGCCCAGCCCCCCUUGGCGCCCAACCCCGCCCUCAACCAGUGGACCUCAAAGCCCCCUCCCUUGUUCCAGGAGGGGGCCCCUUACCCCCCGCCGUUGUUUAUCAGGGACACGUACAGCCAGUCAAUACCUCAGCCCCCUCCCCGCAAGAUCAAGCGGCCCAAGCGCAAGCUGUACCGGGAGGAGCCCACCUCCAUCAUGAACGCCAUCAAGCUGCGGCCGCGUCAGGUGCUCUGCGACAAGUGCAAGGGCACGGUGGCGGCCGACAAGCGGGAGCCGAGGCGGGGCCCCGCGUCCGACUGCCGCGCCGAGGACGCCAAGCGGCGCCGCGGCGACAGCGUGGCAACCGUUGCCAAGCGGCCCCGUGCCGACCUCCGGGCCGAGGGGCGGGCUGCCGACGGGGCCCGGCGGCCGGCGCCGGUGGUCAGAGUCUCCGCGGUCGGCCAGGGACGAGCUGUGGUGAGGGCGGUGGCGACCGCCACUGCCGGCCCCGCCUCGCCCGCCAACACCGGCUCCAAGGUCCAGCUGAACACCAAGAAGGUGCUUCAGAACAAGAACGUGGACCACCCCACGGCCGGCGAGGUUCUGAAGAUGGCCAAGGCGGCGCAGAGGAGGCAGCGGGACAGAGUCGGCGCCCAGGCGAACUCUAAGAUGGGCGGCCGGACGCGGGUGACGAGGGCCUCCUCCCCCCAGGGCACGCACCAGAAGGUCCACUACACUCGGCGGCUGCACCAGAUCAGCGGGGGCGGCCGGGCCGGCGGUGGCAACACCAACCCGCUCCCGCCCCGCAUCCGCAUAAAACCCCAACGGUACCGCAACGAGGAGAACGACUCCUCCACCUGCAAGCCUCCGGGUUUUGACAAAGUGCCGGGGGGCGGCAGCAGAAGCCCGCCCAAGCUGAACCCCCCAACCCGCUGCACCUCCACUCGCUCCUCCUCCUCCUUAUCAGGUGAGGCCACCGCUGCUGCCGAAUCCCAGGGCCCGGCUAGAGAGCUGGACCCUGAGCUCAGCCCCCAAACCCAGCCCCAACCCCAACCCCAGUCCCACCCCGGAAUGGAGCCCAGUGCCCAGCCCCUGCCAGCUAAGGAGCAAAGGGAUUUGGGGGCAGAGCCCGAGGAGGUGCAGGAGAAGGGUGGGGACAAGGCCAGCAACAUCACGGUGUACAUGUCCCUUAACCCCAGUCAGCAAGACUCCUCCAAUAUCUCCGUCUGUAGUGGCGAUAGCGCGGACGACUUAAAGUCCUCCAACUCCGAGUGUAGCUCCACCGAGACCUUUGACUUUCCCCCUCCUGGUGUUUUACACUCACCCCCCGCCCCCAGCACGUCCUCCACACUCACCACCUCCUCUACCUCCUCCUCCUCCUCCUCUUCCUCCUCGUCCGCCCCCAAGGAGGACAAAAAGCCCAGUAAAUCUAUGAAAGCCGCGGUCUUUUCCAAAAACGUCUCCAAGUGUGUCACCACAGACGGCAGGACCAUAUGCGUAGGGGACAUCGUCUGGGCCAAAAUUUACGGCUUCCCCUGGUGGCCGGCCCGGAUCCUGGUGAUCACCGUCAGCCGCAAAGACAACGGGCUGCUGGUCAGGCAGGAGGCCCGCAUCUCCUGGUUCGGGUCGCCCACCACCUCGUUCCUCGCCCUCUCGCAGGUCACCCCCUUCCUGGAAAACUUUCAGUUGCGCUUCGACAAGAAGAGAAAAGGCCUGUACCGCAAAGCCAUCACCGAGGCAGCCAAGGCCGCCAAGCAGCUCACCCCCGAGGUGCGCGCCUUGCUCACUCAGUUCGAGACGUGAGUGGUUGCGGCUCAGAAGGAAAGGUGCCCUGUGCGCCGUGUGAAAAGGAGACGUCCUUCCGUUUUUCUAAGCCCCCCGCGGCGUGAUCAGUCAGCCGAGGACACACUCUGCCGAGGACACUCUCCGUCGCUUCAGCUGGCACCUGCCGCUUCCUGCAGCUUUCCGAAGAACGCGG